AUGCCAGCCGACGGCGAUGUGGAGCUGACCACUCCGGUGAAGGCAGCCCCGGAGAUGAACCAGAGGUUAGACGUGGCGGUGCAGAACAGGGCAACGGUGGAGGCACUGUACAAGGCGUUGUUGGGACAGGGGCACAUGGACAAAGUGGCCAAGUUGAUAGCAAAUGACCUGGAGUAUUGGUUCCAUGGUCCACCGGGGAGACAGCACAUGAUGAGGAUUCUGACCGGUGAGACGGCACCGAACAAAGCCGGCUUCCAGUUCGAGCCGAGGAGCGUGACGGCCAUCGGCGACUGCGUUAUCACGGAGGGCUGGGAGGGACAGGCGUAUUGGGUGCACGUUUGGACGUUGAAGAAUGGGUUGAUCACAAAGUUCAGAGAGUACUUCAACACUUGGCUGGUCGUGAGGGACCUGAGGGAAACUCCGGCGGCACCGGUGGCGUGGGUGGAAGAAGAUCAAAAGCAGGUGGAGAAGAUAACGUUGUGGCAGAGUCAGCCUCGUGAUCUCUACCGCCGAUCACUUCCGGGAUUACUCUUGGCCAUUUAG